CUCAGAGAGGAUUAUGGGAGAACGCCGUCUCCCCGCACCCGCAUGCCGUUGCCAUGGUGACACGGAGCGCCCCUCCCCCGCUCGCUCCCCUCCCGCGCCAGCCGUCCCGCCGGCGGCGCUGCGGUGCCCGCGCGCGAGCGUGUCCCGCGGCCGGGCCCCGCACUCACGAGCGCAACGGGCCCCGCGCGCCCCGCCUCAGAGCGGGACCGUGCGCGGCCCCGCGGGUCGGGAUGGGUUCGGGGAGCUGCCCUGCGCGGUCACCCGUUCUCGUCAGUGGAACGCGGUGCGGGCUGGAGCUGGCCUCCCUGACCUCCCAGCGCUGCUGGCAGCCGCGUCUCUCCCAGUGCGAUGUGCUUUAUACCAGCCUCCAGCAUUAACCGGAUAAUGCGGCCAAGCUGUGAAAGUAUCCCGUGGUCAUCAGCCUAUAUUUUUGAGCUGGAUGGAAAUCAGGCGUCGAGGUCACCAGGGUGAAAAUAUUGCAGAGAUUAACAGACAGUUAGCAGAAAAGCUUGGCAUUAAAGACGGAGAGCAGGUAUUUCUUGAACCCUGUUCCCAUGUCUCCUCCUGUCAGCAAGUAGAAGUGGAACCACUCUCAGCAGAUGAUUGGGAAAUUCUGGAACUGCAUGCUUCCUCUCUUGAAAAACACCUUCUUGACCAGAUUCGAAUAAUAUUUCCAAAAGCCAUCUUUCCUGUAUGGGUUGAACAGCACACUCACAUUUACAUCAAAAUCGGUACACUUAUGCCAGCAGCCCCCUAUGGGAGAUUAGAACCAUUCACGGAGCUUCUGAUAUGUCCCAAAACACGUGAACCUGAGGAAAACAUUACCAGCACACCUUCCACAGAACGUGACAUCUUGCUCAAAAGUUUUCUGAAAAAUAACGUGGAGCAAGAAGAAACAGUAAAGGAUCCUUUUGCCAAACAACCUUACUUAAAGCCAGGAGUCCUUGAACAGAGUAAGGCUGAUGCAAACGUGGCAUUUGGCUCAAAUGUUCUGCCAAGUAUAUGGAAUUUCAUAGGGAGCGUUUUCUCUCAUACAUCUGACCAGAAACAAAAGACUCUGUGUGAUAAAGAUGAGAUGAGCACCUUCAAAGACAAGCGGCUGAACUUAAUUCGCAUGGAUUCAGUUUUUAGAGUGUGUCAGUCUCAGCCUCCCAGCGUGCAGAAAGCAUCCGCCACUCAUGCAUUUCUGAAAUGCAACGCAAUUCACAUUUUUCCUUGGAAUUUAGAAUUUAUUGAUUUGGAUCCAAACCCUGUAGUAUCUUACGGGAAAAUUAAUGAGUUGCUUUCCCCAAGACAGCGUCAUCAAGAAGCAAAGCAAAACCUGCCACUUGAAAAUCAAAAGCAGUUGACUAGUACGCAAGACGAAAAUCAUUCUGAUUCUCGUAGCAGUCAAGCAUACAGUGAGGGAUCUGUUGUUCAGAUUGUUUGGAACGGAUUUGAAGACCUAAAGAGUGUCAUAGAGUAUGGCCACAGUGGGGAAGCCCUGCAUGUUGGAAGAGUUUGGAUUCCAGAUUGCCUGAGGAAAAAACUACGUAUCGAAAUGCAUUCAACAGUCAGAAUUCAGUCACUUGAAUCUGUUCCUAAAAUUCCUGUGUCUCUUAGACUGCAACCCAAACAGAACUUACAUAAAGAUAUACAUGAGGAUGAUGUUAAAUCUGCUUUCAGUUCUUGGCUGCAGGAGUCCACUACUGAUGAUCACCCAUGGAUAAUGACAAGCACUGACUCUAUACAUAUGUCCGUUAAAGAAGGAGUGGAGGAGUUUGUCCUUACUGCAGUGCAUCCUGCACACGUUGAAGAAAAUAAGUCUGAGGAUAUUUUUAUACUGAGUCCCAGUUUGCUGCAAAAGACUAAUAUACAAGUUCUUUUACAUCCUGUAACUGGAAAAGCUGAUGGUGACAGCCAGCCACCUAUGUGUGAUGCAGACAGGAGCUUUCAUUACCCCAAACUAAAAGAUUUAGGAGGAGUGGACAAAAUAGGAACAUCUUCCUUUGAACACAUAAGCCACAGUCUUCUGGGGCGUCCUUUAUCUCAAAAGCUGGCUGCUGUUGCUGUGGGACUGCGAAGUGGAGGGGUGCUUCUCACAGGAGGAAAGGGAAGUGGAAAGUCGACAUUAGCAAAGGCCAUCUGCAAAGAAGCAUUCGAUAGGCUGGAUGCUCAUGUAGAAGUAAUUGACUGUAAAGCUUUAAAAGGAAAAAGAUUAGGAAACAUAAGGAAAAAUGUGGAAGAAGUUUUUUUAGAGGCAGCAUGGAGACAACCAUCCAUUGUUUUGAUAGAUGAUCUUGAUCACAUUGUUGGAGUACCUUCCACACCAGAGCAUGAGAACAGCCCUGAAACCAUCCAAAGCGAUAGACUUGCUUAUGUUUUGAAAGAUCUGAUAAAAGAAGUUAUUUCCAUGGGGAGUAUGAUUGCAUUAAUUGCCACAAGUCAGUCUGAACAUUCCCUACAUCCUUCCCUGGUUGCAGCUCAAGGAACACACAUAUUUCAGUGCUUCAAAUGUAUCCAAUCUCCAGAUCAGAAGCAAAGAUGUGAAAUGCUGUAUUCCAUAAUAAAAAAUAAGCUGAAUUCUGAUAUAAAGGAGUUCUCUGAUCUUGACCUCGAAUGUAUUGCAAAGGAAACGGAAGGUUUUGUUGCCAGAGAUUUUACUAUGCUGGUUAAUCGUGCCAUUCAUGCCUCUGUUUCCAACCAGAACGCACUUCAGAAUGGUGCAGAAUUGAAUCUGUCAACUAUGGAUUUUCAGAAAGCUCUAAAAGAUUUUACUCCAUUAGCUCUGAGAAAUGUUAACCUUCAUAAACCUGAGGAUGUUGGCUGGGACAGGGUUGGUGGCUUAAAAGAUGUGAAGCAAAUACUUAUGGAUACCAUCAUGUUACCUGCAAAGUAUCCAGUGUUAUUUGCAAACCUGCCCAUACGACAGAGAUCAGGAGUCUUGCUGUAUGGAGCACCUGGAACAGGAAAAACAUUGUUAGCAGGAGUAAUUGCUCAAGAGAGUGGGAUGAAUUUCAUCAGUGUCAAGGGACCAGAGCUGCUCAGCAAAUACAUUGGAGCAAGUGAGCAAGCAGUUCGAGAUAUCUUUAACAGAGCUCAGGCAGCUAAGCCUUGUAUAGUUUUUUUUGAUGAGUUUGAUUCUAUUGCUCCUCGCCGAGGGCACGACAACACCGGAGUUACAGACCGAGUGGUUAACCAACUCUUGACUCAGUUGGAUGGUGUGGAAGGCUUACAAGGGGUUUAUGUGCUAGCAGCUACUAGUCGCCCGGAUUUGAUUGACCCUGCUUUGUUAAGGCCAGGUCGACUGGAUAAGUGCGUGUACUGUCCACCUCCUGAUCAGAAUUCACGCUAUGAAAUCUUAAAAGCUCUCAGUCAUUCUCUGUCCUUGGCAAACGAUGUGGACUUUCAGGAUUUGGCAGCAAAAACAGAACGGUUCACAGGGGCUGACCUAAAAGCUUUAUUGUACAAUGCCCAAUUAGAGGCAAUCCAUACUAAUUUAGGUUCAGGUUUAACACAGGAAUUUGGUUCUACUUCUGAUAGUGACUUCAGUCUCUCUUCAAUGGUUUUUCUAAACCACAGCAGUGGCUCAGAUGAUUCGGCAAUAGAUGGAGAAGCAGGACUAGAGCAAUCUCUUAUUUCUUUAGACGUGUCUGACUUGCUUCCAGAAGAUUCAAGGUCCAACAUGUAUCGUCUUUAUUUUGGAAGCUCUUAUGAAUCAGAGCUGGGAAAUGGAACUCCUUCAGAAAUGAGCUCUUUGUGUUUGUCUGGACCAAACUCCAUAACUCACGAUUUUACCAGCGUGACUCAGAGAGACACAGCAUCAUCACAACCUGCAAUGCCUAGAACAGCUUCUCAAGAAGACUCCCUUGAAAAUAACCAGGAGCAGCAAACAGAGCACCCGAGGACAGAAAUCAAUGCUAUCAAAGCCAGUUACAGGAGCAAGAAUGGAGAGGACAGCACCCUUAAUCAGUCAGUGCUUGCCAAAGCCACUUACAUUAUUACCCAGUCCCAUCUGAUGAAGGCACUUGAGGGCAUAAGACCGUCCAUUAGCCAAGAUGACUGGAAGAAUUUUACUGAACUGUAUGAUAAUUUUCAGAAUCCCAAGAAGAGGAAAGGACAAGUUGGCUCAACAUUCAGACCAGGACAAAAAAUGACUCUAGCUUAGUAGCUUGGAUUUGCUUGUAAUUACUAAACUGUUACUGGAAAUUACAAAUGUGAUUAAAUCAGAUUAUUUAUAUUCAUAUGGAUUUAUCAAUGCAGCAGAUGAAGAUAAGUUUAUUUUAAACUUACAUGCUGUAAAAUCAUGUCACAUUUUAUUUUGAAGAAAAUUGUCUUCCUUCAGAUUGAUAUUAAAUUUUUGAGAGAAUAUUGGUUAUGUUCUGUCCAGUUGUUUAUCACAUAAAACUUUAAAUUUUGCUUUUUGUCAAUAUAUUUGACAAAACCUAACAAUGAUUUCCUAGCCAUUUAUUUCCUCACAACAAAUAGAUUUUCUUUGAAUGAACUGUAAGAUCUAAUGGUAGAAAUGCUUUUAAAAAAUUCUAUAAAGCCAUUUUCUAAUGGUCUUUGGACAGGUGUUAGAGAAGGGUGGCACUUCAUAUGUUUAUUGGUAGGCAACUAGUCUAAUACUUCCAGAACAACUAUAGCAAAACCAAAAUUAAGACAAACCACGAUAAAAUUAUAUUGUUUUCUGCCACUGUUUAUUAUUCAGAAGAAUAUCAAGUUGCAUUUCACAAGAACCGUUAUCCUCUUAUCCCAAUAUUUUCAUCUUGGAAACUGUUGAAAAUCAUGUCUCAUGUUAGGAAGCUUGCUAAUGUUACAUCCUGAAAUUAUUCCCUAGUACUGUCUCACAUGAAGAUUGUUAAAGAAUUGUUGUGCUCAGCUGGUACAGAGAUAAGCAAAUCUUAACAGAAGGGGGAAGAAGGAAGGGGCGGGAAGGGAAGAAAACUGGAGAUGUUUCCCAUGAGUCUGUGACACCCUUUCACAACAUUGUGCCAAUACAGGGGGGUUUUGCUUGGUGAGUUUUUCACUAAUCCUUCUUCCCUACUUUUGACCUUCCCAAGGUAAUUAGAAAACACUGAUUUUUUUAUUUUAUUUUUUUAAUUUUUUUGGGGGGGAGUGAUCUGUCAUAGCCAUUAUGUGCCUUUUGACACCUGUAUUGCUUUGGGCCAUUGGGCAUUAUUACCUUUUAUGUGGUCAGAUAAUAUGUCCAGGUUUCCUCUAACCACUCGUUCAGGCACAUCAGUAGCAGCCGCCAUCCUCAGGCUGCUCCUAAAUGUUUGGUUAUACGGUCUUACUACAUGUUCCAGUGUGUUCCUUCAUUAUUGAAAUGUAUCAUGGUAUAUCAGUAAUUAGAAGAACACACCGUAUAGACCGUAUGAUGAUAUUGUUUACUGCUGUCUAGUUCCUGUUCCCAGUGCCAGCAAAUAACCCAAAGAAUAUAUGAUUUGUAUGUUUGUUCUUGCAGCCCGGUACAGGUGAAGCCUGUGUAUGCUGCGAGCCUUGAGACACUACAGGUCUUAGCUGGCAGCAGUUAAUACCCCUGAUUUUCUCAUUUAUGCUGAACUAUUGUUUUUUACUUACACUUAACUCUUGCUUCAGUAGGUUUGAAACUGAAAAUCUAGAUUGCAUUACUACAAAGCUCUACUAUUGUGCAUACCACUAUUUCAUUAACAUCAUACUAAUUUUUUAAAAGUGGAUGUAUGCUUAGCGUUAGAGCCAUAUCCUACCUUACCUCUAACCUUGAGUUCAUUUUUCUUAUAUAGUAUUGUCAUUUAUUUCCUUGUUCACCUUGUUUUAAAUGGCUGUGGUGGUGAAUAUGAAUAGGGCGUGACCAGAUAAACAAUUUACUGCAAAGAAGCAAGUCAUUCCCUGUCAGAUGCUCCAAGGUAACUCACAUUUAUACUGUGGUAAAUGUAAUGUAUUUUGAAGAAAUUGAUCUUUUAAUGGAAGAGGGGCAAAAAACAUGGAUAUUGCUAAUGAAGUGCAGAGCUGGCAAGCUGUAAUUAGUUAUUCUGUUUUGUUUAUAUGUCAAAACUCAAAAACUUAAUGGGUUUUUUAAAAUUUCCUUUUCCAGGUCCAAUAAUUCAUUGUUGGCCUUCAGGGUGUAGUUUAUUUGUUUAUCAGUUUCCUGUCAUCUUUUUUCCAACGAUUAUUCAUCCAUUGACAUAUUGAGCUCAUUCAAAAUACUUCUCUCUCUUCCUUGAGCUUCAAACUCCAAAUAGUUUUCAUUUCAUUGGUUGAACGUGGACUCCAAACAGAACUGAUAAAAGAGUCUGUUCCUAUUUCAGCAGAAAAUACUGUUUUGGAGUAGUAGUUUUAAGGAAAAAGUGUGGCUUUGGAGCAGAAAAUUAUGGCCUGAUAAAAUGCUCACUUGUCUGAUAGCAAAGCCAAAACUUUGGCUGAAAAUGCUCCAUACAUGAAAUUCAGACCGAGCAAAAAUUAAAGCUGCAACCAGAUGUUGUUUUGCUGUGCACUGCAGUAAGAUCCAGUCUCUGAAACACAAGUAUGGGAAAAUUGCACGUUCUUUAAAGGAGGUGUUUCCCCAGAUUUGUUAAUUCUAGCUCACCUGCUGGAAAGCAUGGUGUUGGGCAUUAUGUGUUAGUAAAACGAAGGUCUAGAUGCCAGGCCAGCUUCUGCAGGUUGCACAUUACCUCCUGCUUCUCCUUCUUCCUUCCAUGAUGUAAGCAAUUAGCACUAGUGCAAGAGCUAGUGCACUUGCAAUGCUUGUGACAGAGGGUUGGGCAUAAACUCAGUGUACAGAUUGGUGAGCUGGUAGUGCGGGCAACAGGAGGGGGAUAUUUUUCUUACUAACAAGCCAAAAUCAAUGCCACAAUGAAUACAGGACUGAGACAGUUUCUCUCUUUUGAGAGAAAACAAAACAAAACACUGUGUUCUACAGUGUCUCUAUUUCAUGUCACUAGCUCACAAGACCUGACAUGAAUUAUGUGGAGCCUGAUAUUUUCCAGUAUUCUGAUACACAAGAUACUAGAAGGUAAGAAGUUUGUUUUCAUGUGUAUCAUUGCUCGUGGUCAGUGCCAGUCAUGGCUGGUGCGAAGCUGGGUGCGGUGUCACUCCUCUGGUAAACCCAAAGGAUGUGUGUUACUGAUCCUGCACGCUGGCAGCCUGCUGGGCUCCUGCUCACGAGUUCUCUGGAUUUCUGUUCUGGUUUCCUCCCCACCUUUACUGUGCCACAAAGACCCAGAGUGCUGAAGAGCAAAGAUCCAGCGGCUUGUUGUCGAGGAAGAGAGCGUGUAUGGAAGUUUCCUCCAGAGCUGUGCUGAAUCGCUCCUGGAAUGAUUAAUUCUGGCCUGUGAAGGAUAAACUGAAACCCUGGGGGCUGCGAAGAGCAGAGGUGAAGCUGGCUCCCCGAAGAUCGAUAGGAACCCCUUCAUCGUCUUCACUUGGGCUGAAAACCUGUCUUCAUCUGAAGUAUCAUCACUAAUUCAGGCUUCACUGUUUGUGGUACCAAGUUCUUGUCCUUUCUCCAAAACCAGAUCGCACUCAAGCUCAAAGAUCCUUUAUUUUCCUGUUCUUCUAGUGUAUAGCAAGAAUAGUUGAGUCACAGUCACUGUUACUCGAGGUAACAGAUGGCUUCUGUGUGCUUUUGUCUCACAAAAUGUAACACACUGGAUAUCUGGGGAAACUAUAUUAUUUAAUCAAAAUCUUCAAGGCUUUCAUAACAGAAUUAAUUAUGUGUUUGUUUUGGUUUUGGUAAGCUUUAUUCUUGUGUGUAUAUUUUGUGCCUUUUGGUUUUUCCCUGAGAAGCACAAGAUUGCAUAGUGACUUUAGUUCUGUGUUUUAGCUUCAGAGAAGAAAUUGUCAAAUUUCUAACUAUGCCAGGGCUGCAAAUGCAUUGAAUCCAGAACAUGUAAGAAAAGUGCUUUCUCUUUGUGUCUUAUUUUUCUUAAACUGACAUAGAUGAGUAAAUCUGAGCACAAAUGUCAGCAAGAUGCAACAGGAGGGAUAUGUGCAAGAUUUGCAGAAGUCUUAGUGGGGUUAAUUUUCAAGGACUAGUGAUACAGGUGCACUAGUGUGACUUUUUCACUGUUUUUUGGAAUGCAAACUAGUGCUGAUAUCUCUGAAUUUAUGGAUUUAAACAAGUUCUGGUAUUUCUACAAAAUCUUUCAUUGCUAAAUGAAAGCUUGUGCUACUUUUUUUCAGAUGACUGUUACGAAUGUCUGUCGUACUGGUUUUGCUACUCUGUCAACUCUAUUAUGUGCCCCUGGUGGUGAGUAAAAAUGUGAUUAUUUUACUUAAAAAUGUUUCUUAGCAGUGAAUACAAUAGUAUUGUGAUUUCUGACAACCUGCUGUUACUCUAGCUGCCUGAAUGAAGAAAGACAUGGUAUUUCUUAGUCACUGGCAGAGUGUUUUUGAAAUAACACCUCUGUUUCUAGAGUGGUGGAAAAUGUUUGAGCCCACUCACUUUCUGGAAUGCAGUCUGUAGUUUUUUAAGUGUGACGGGAAGAGGAGAAGGGUAUCGAGAAUGCAGUGUAUUUUGAAAAGUUAUGAGAAAAAGAGGUGGGAACUAUGGUGGAAACUGGAGGGAGAAGGCACCCAGGGAGGGAGGUGGACUGCCUUGAAAUCAGGGAUGCAGAGAAUAUUUGGAUAACUGGGUAGGGUAAACACGUAGAAGGAAUCUGGGACAGGGGAAUGGAGCUGCAGUGGAAGAGAGAUUCCUGGUCAAACAAGGGUGGUGGUGAGGAGGAGACAGAGGUGGGGGGCAAAGCAGGAGUGGAGGCCUGAGAAACAACCUGCUCACAGUGGCGGUGGUCAGCAGGAGGCCAAAGACAGCUCAGCCAGGGAAAGGGGUCUCCUCGCUGCUUUGGAACAAGGAAAGCAGCAGAGAAUGGGGACAUUCACCAAAACCUGCCCAGGAAGGGAGGUGAGGAGGACGACUUACGUUGCCUCCCUUGCAGGAGGCUGCGUCACCCAGUGCCAGCACUGAAACCCUGGGGAGCAGAGUGGAGUGAUGUAAAGUAACGUGGUGCCAUGACUUCAGCAUAUUGGUGGCAAAAGCACUGGGAAACCAAUGAGUUUUGUUUAGCUUUAAAUGGCAGUGUUUACUGAAGGCUAUUUGCAUCUGUGUCUAUUUUAAUGUGUUCAGAUUUCAUCGUAUUUGCACAGUUGUAACCGGAACUCUUCCCCUUCAACACUCACAAGCUCCUUUUUACCCCCUGGUUGACGCAGGAAGCCCCUUCUGUCCCCUCCAAACCCCCACCUUGCAGGGCUUUUGCAGCAUCUGUGGGAGAACACCAACCUGGGGCUGCUUCACAGCAGAAAAAAAUGAGGAGGGAAACAAGUUCCAUGGUGCUGUGGGGUCCCUUUGGCAGCCAGAAAGAAGCAAUUGGGGUUUGCAGCAAUUCCUGAUUAAAAAGUGAUGGUAACAGAGCAUUAGCAAAACAUUGAGAGCAAGAUCGUCACUUGUAAUAAUUCUUAAAAGAAAUAAAACAACUAGUUGUUCAGGUCCAAUCCCUUUUACUGAAAAUGUAUAAGGAUAUUGAAUCUGUUAUCACAAAUGUUAAGGAAGAAAACUGGGAAGGAAUUGAGGUUGAUUGGUGUAAGCUAGGUUUUCAGUUUUGUUUAAACACUGGUUUAGGCUAUAGUGAAGGUUUUUGAGAGUAAGUCAGACGCCAAAUUCUUAGAUUGACAGUUUAGUCUAUUAUUGUCAGUUUAUUCUAUUAGACUAUAAUGAAAUAAUUACCCAUGAGAACUCUUCCUUUCUUUUUUUUAAUGUUUUUAGAUGGAUAUCUUAUUCCAGCUUCAUACUAUGGUGUUAUAAAUUCCAAAUUAUGGCUAUAUGGUGGAGUAAGCCUGUUCACAUGCCCUUGUUCAAUGAGGUAAAGCUUUAGUUAUUCACAUAUUUUGACAGACAUUUCACAAGGAACAAUCAAAAAAACCCUGAAAAUGCAAACUGAGUCCAAAUGAAGAGACAGGGCCAGUCUGGCACUUUUCGAGACAACCUGUCUUCUUCUGUGACUGCAGUGUGACAGGAGGCUGCUGCCAUCAGACGUGUAGGAUUAUGUUCGUUCUGUGCAGACACUGUUCUGCAUUGACGUGCUGAAUUAUAACUUGUCAGCUCUAAGUCUGUCACUCCUACCAUGAGGAAAUUUGGUUUGCAAAUUUUUCCCUUUAAGCACUGAAAGAUUUCCAGUGUAACAUUGGUUCCCCCUUUGAAAGCUCAGUAAUCUGUGAGGCAAGUCAAAGGGGGGUAGCACCAAAUCAUACAAUCAGAGGGGAAGAAAAAGUAAUCUUUAAAGUGCAUAAGUUCUGCUGUGAGUUGCUGAUAGUGUGUCUUGGGCAAGGGCAACACUUAAAAAGAAAAUAAUUGAGCUAUAUAGAAAAGACUGAUCUUAGUUUAAGGUUCUUUUAUUUUAAAAUUGCCAGUAGCAAUUUUAUUUUCACUAGGUGGGAGUGUUUCUUCAUGGUUGUCUUUUAUUUUUUUAUAUUUUUAGUAUAUUUUUAUUAUUUUGUUUUGUUCUGUAAACGACUGCUGAAGAAAGUUACUCUUGCCAGUCAACAGCUGAAAAAUUAGAAGAUGCAUUACAGAGAGCUAAAAAGCAGGUGACAAUAACAUUGAUUCCUGAUUUUCAUGUUUUCCUAGUUAUUUUGUAAAGCAGCGUGUUCUCAGCACUGAAGCAUUUGUACAGUUCCAUCUGUGCAUAUUUUCAGUCUUGUGACUGAGGUGGGUCCAACUCUAGCAGCAGGAGUCAAAUCGAUCCUGUAAUCUGGGCACAGUAAUGAAAUGCAGAGAAACUCUCUGUUUUAUGAAGAACAGAUCUUGUGCUUCAAGACCAAGUUUCUUUCUCUGUAAACUUCAGUGGAAGUUGAAGUGUUGUGAACAAGCUAUUGUUCUGACCUUUGGCAGAGAGAAUUUGUUACUCAGCUGAAGAAACCUGUCUGAAGUGAUUUUGAAGAGGGUUCUUCAGAGUUGCAGCUGACAAGGAAUUGCUAGCAAACAGAAAAUUACAAAUGUAGUUUUUCCAGAGUUUAGGAAACUUCAUUAAUUCAAAAUACUUAGCAUGCUCAGUGAUUUUAUUCUGAUCAGCAUUGCAUAAAUGAGGAUAUUAUUACUUAUCACAUAUAAUUUUAAUAUUGUUUCACAUUGCUCUCUGUCUUUGGAACUGCUCUUCUUCCCUGUGGAAGGGUUGGUUUUGUGAGUGUUCACAAAAUAGUGCUUACCAGUAUUUCAGGCUAAAACGUUUCCUAUUCCUAUUGUCUUGAUAUUCACGACCCGUUCACUUCAUGGCAAAUUAUAAAUGCACUUGAAUUUAACUGUUUGUGUUCGUCCUUGAAACAGUCCAGCAGAGGAAGCACAGACUGAAGUAAAACAUCUUACCAAAGAUGGGUGGUGAUGGCAGUGACAUUUCAAAACAUCAAGUGAGAUGGAAUUCCUAUGUCCUCUUCCAGGAUGGAAAAUGAGAUUUAACAAUAGAUAAAGCGUAUAGUUCCAGGGAAAGUCACUUACAGAGGUCAGUUAUAAGUAAGGCCACAUAUAAAAGGAUGUCGGUAUGAGUGGUACUGGAGUUGGAGUAUUGUACAACAGAAAUCAUGAAAUUCGGAAAGCUGUGAAUCAACUGGCUGUUUUCCAUAGCUGUCCCGGACCUGGUCAGUGUGUUCUCAUUCAGUUCCUCAGGCACAGAGGUAUUGAGAGACUUGAGCAAAUGUUGCACAGACGCUGCUGAAUCAGUCACAAACAAUACAUCUUCUACUGCAGAUGCCUUCUGCAAUCCAGAAAAAGAUUCUUCAUGCAAACCUGCAAAUACACCAGGAAAUGAUGUCUCCCAGCUAAAACACAUACUUGUUUAUUAAAAUCAUACAUGCAUUUAGUGACUUGAUAUAAUUUAGCAUGCUUAUGUUUACUAAGGGUGUGUAUGACUUCAGUGGUUUGGGCUGUAACCUUGCAUAACACACUCACUUUGCUGUGACCUGGCAUUAGUAAUCUUGCAAGUGGACUUGCUAAAGUUGAAUUUUAAGGCAAGUGGACCUCCUGGAUGUUGUGAAAUUAGCUCCCGUUAAGCACAGCACUUGGUUUUACUCCAUUUCAAGUGUGCUGUGUGUCAGUAAAAGCAGUGUCUUAUAUACUUGCACAGUUGUUGAACUACGAAAUUUUGAAAACAUUGAUUAAAUGGUUGUGCAUAUUGCUAUAUAUUAUGGACUGUAUAUUUUUAUCAAAAUACUAGAAGUUCUAAAUUAGGUGUGUCGUGGUUUAACCCCAGCCAGCAACUAACCACCACACAGCCGCUCCUUCAUUCCUGCUGGCUGAGAAUCAGAAGAGUAAAAGUAAGGAAACUCGUGGGCUGAGAUAAAGACAGUUUAAUAGGUGAAGGAAAAGCCACACAAACAAGCAAAGCAAAACAAGGAAUUCAUUCAUUACUUCCCAUGAGCAGGCAGGUGUUCAGCCAUCUCCAGGAGACCUGGGCUCCAUCACACGUCAUGUUUACUUAGGAAGGCAAAUGCCAUCACUCUAAACAUCCCCCGCUUUCCUUCUUCUUCACCCCAAAUAUGUACUGAGCAUGAUGUCAUAUGGUAUGCAAUGUCUCUUUAGCCAGCUGCCAUUUUAUACAGCUUUUUGUAUAUGCUUCCUUUCUGAGAAAGCAUUUAGAUUUUUUGCUUCUGAGCUCACUUUCAGAUUAUUUCUGUAUGCCUGUAUUCAUUGGCUAGUGUUUUCAUGUGUUAACUAUAAAAAAACUCUUAAAGGUCUGUAAUGUAUACUCAUUUGACAGAGUUGUAUGGGGACUUUUUUUUGCUUUGUUUUUGUUUUUUUGUUUUGGGUUUGCUUUUUUUUUUUUUUUUUUUUUUUUGGUAUUUGCAGAAUUAAUUCGCUAUUUGCUCCAGUAUUUAAGUUUGGUGAGAGAAAACUAGAACUGCAAAAUUAACCGACUGCUGCUGUAGAGGCUCAGUAGGAGGACUGUCUCACUGUGGAUCCCUAAUAAACCUGGAAUUUGUGCUUCUGAAUAGUAACACAGCUUUUGACCUGUUUUUUAUGGUGCUUAAACUUGGCAACGUUAUGCUGUUCAGCCUGAUAACAUAAAGAUAAAUAAUCUACCAUGCAGCAAUUGUUAAAGCUUGUAGAACCAUGGAAUAAUUGAGGCUGGAAGGCAGCUAUGGAGAUCUUACAGUCCCUGUGUGGAGCAGGGUCGGUCAAGAGCAGGUUAACCUGGACUGGGUCUGGUUGGGUUUUAAGUGUCACCAAGGAUGGAGACUCCACAGCCUCUCUGAGCAGCUUGUUCCAGAAUUCAAUCACUCUUUUUUACUAAAAAGUUUUUUUGUUAUAAUUAAACAGAAUUUCCUUUUCUCAUUUUGUGCCCAUUGCCUCUUGUCCUGUCACUGGAUACCCAGAAGAGCCUGGCUCCAUCUUCCUUAGGCCCUCUUGUCCAGUAUUUAUAUACGCUGAUAAGAUUUCCCCUAAGCCUUCUCUGUUCCAGGCUGAAUAGUCCCAGCUCUCACUCUCUCCUUGUAUUACAGAUGCUCCAGUCCUUUUAUCAUAAUUGAGGCCCUUCACUGGGCUUAUUCCAGUAUGUCCAUGACUUUCUUGUACUGGAGACUCCAGAAUACAGGGCUCCAGCACUUCAGUUGUGUCCCACUAGUGUUGUGUAGAGAGGUCUGUGCCAAUUAACACGCUCAUCUGGUCUUGGCGGGGACUGAAGAGUGAAACAAUCGACAGGAAAAAAAAACCCUACUAUGCUUUUCAGGCCUGUAAAACCAAAGGUUCAUAAUAAAACGCUACAGAAGACCUUCAGAAAACUUGCUGACUGCAUUUGGCAGUUAAAAUUUACUGUGGGUGAAAGCAAAGGAAAAGCAAUUUGAAAGGGUGUAAUGAUCAUUACUCUUCAGUGAUGAUCCCCCAUGACACACCAGCUUCUUGUUAAGAGGAAUUAGAAUGAUGAACGUUAUUAGAGAAGAAACAGAAAAGACUUCAGAAAGCAUUCUGUCAUUAUAAAAAAAUCCAGUGUUCCUGCACAUGUGCUGUUGAAGGUUAUAUGCUGUUUAGGUGCCCUUAUAUCAAAAAGGACACGGAACGGGGAAAGUCAGUUCAGUCUGCUGAGGACUCCUAAACAGGCACCUCUGAACUACAAGAGUGUUUUGGGAACUAAUAUGGUGAUUGCCUGGGUCUUAAUACCCUUCCCAGAGGCCUUAUGCAGAGUUUAGGUUUGCCCCAAUGCAUCUGUUCUUACAUUAAUUUGAAACUCUGCUCCUGUGCGUUGGGGAAAGAGAGAAUGUAGAGAUUUUCUACAGAGAAGUGAGGGUUGCUGUGGACGGCAGGGUGUGUGCCAGCACCAGAACCAGCACAGGAGUGGGAGGCACGGGCUGCACUGAUAGGGAUGGAUGCUGCUCCCCGUCAGUCAGACCCCGGUGUGGUGCAAGCCCAGCUGGUGACACCCUGACAAGACCACAGCACAGGUGUCUCCUCAACAGAGGGCCCUGCGCUCUACAAGAGGAGGAUGGCAACAGGCCAGCAUAUCACACGUGCCAUUCCUUUAUGGUGUUUAUGUGAGUGUGUAAGACCAAUUUGUUAAGAAAUUUGUUAAACAGAUUUUCCCCAGAUCUUCCACUGAGCCUUGUUACCUUAAUUUCCUACAAGAGACAUUGUUACUUGUUUCUACCUUGAAGUACUGUGAUGAGUUGGUCAAAAACGUUGUUGGUCACUAAAAGCUGAGGUGAUCUUAUUUCCUUUUCUGAAGGUCUCAACUUAUUUGAGGUGAGCUGCAAGGCGUUAGAAACAGGUUAUACUCAACUUGAGGAAAUAUAUUGCAACAUGUAUUCUUGUAAUUAUCCCACAGUAUUUGUUUCAUUUAUAGCUUUGCAUUGAUGUGUUAACCCAACACAUCACUUCCACUCACUUCACCAAGGGAGUAGCCACAGUCAGACUCCACAGGUAAGCAGCAGUUAUUUUUGGUUUUGUUUUGGCCAAGAAUAAAUGCAGCAUCUACUUCCAUUUCCUCCACAGUUUGUGAUCAGCUUCUCAUGAAGAAAGGGACAAAUCUUUUCUCUAGCAGCAGUCUGUCACCUAGCAGCUUAGAAACGAAGAAAGAUCUAAGAAAGCAGGAAGAGUGAAAGAGAAGUUAUUAGGAUCAGCACCAUGGAAACCUAUUGAUCCUCCUGACACAAAAGCCUUGCUUUCUCACACAGCGCAUGACCGUCCCACUUUUGGUUGAAUGCAAAAGAUGAACACAGGUAA